AACAUCUCCACCAAUCAGAUUCCUCGGCCUACCCUCCAUUGAAAAAAGAGGCUCGAAUCGAGACUGAAAACGUUGUCGGUGCAGUGUGAUUGUUUACACAUAGGCAUUUCCUGCAAUAUUAUCCGUUUUUGAAUAUAAUAAAUGGCCUCGACUUUACUGUCACCCAUGGUGGAUUAUUAUAACGACGAGGAGGAGCUAGACAGUGUGGAUGAAGAUCGCAGUUUCAGAGGCAGAGACUCGGAAGAAGACACGGAAGAUGCCAGUGAAACAGAUCUGGCCAAACAUGAUGAGAACGAUUAUGUUGAAAUCAAAGAACAGAUGUAUCAGGACAAACUGGCAUCCCUGAAAAGACAGCUACAACAACUGCAAGAAGGCACGCUGCAGGAGUACCAGAAGAGAAUGAAGAAGCUUGAUCAGCAGUAUAAAGAGAGACUUCGUAAUGCUGACCUCUUUCUACAACUUGAGACAGAGCAGGUGGAGAGGAACUACAUCAAAGAGAAAAAAGCAGUGGUGAAAGAAUUUGACGAUAAGAAAGUGGAACUGAAGGAAAAUCUUAUUGCAGAGCUGGAAGAGAAGAAGAAGAUGAUCGAGAAUGAGAAAUUAACAAUGGAGCUGACAGGGGAUUCCAUGGAGGUGAAACCUAUUAUGACCCGGAAGCUCCGGAGACGACCCAAUGAUCCUGUGCCCAUUCCAGACAAGCGGAGAAAGCCGGCACCUGCCCAGUUAAACUAUUUACUCAGUGAUGAACAGAUCAUGGAGGAUCUAAGAACAUUAAACAAGCUUAAAUCUCCGAAAAGACCAGGUAUGGACGUUUUGUCUUUUAGAGCGUCCCCGUCUUCUCCAGAACACCUCCCAUCGACUCCAGUGGACACCCCAUGCCAGCGUUAUGAGGCACGGAUAGAGGAGGGGAAACUCUACUAUGAUAAGAGAUGGUACCAUAAAAGUCAAGCAGUCUAUCUGGAGUCCAAGGAGAACACCAAGAUCAGCUGUGUCAUCAGCUCUGUGGGGACCAAUGAGAUCUGGGUGAGAAAGACAAGUGACAGUACGAAGAUGAGGAUCUAUUUAGGGCAGCUGCAACGAGGGGCCUUCAUCAUUAGACGCCGGUCAGCAGCAUAGAUGUCACUCUUCCUCAUCUUCUUCUCUUUCCUGUGCGUGCGUGAGUGUGAGUGUGUGUGCGUGCGUGUAUGUGUGUGUUUUUAAACAAACAUUUUAAAGCUCUUCCUAUUUUACCAAGUCAUCGACUACAUGUUGAAGCAUGAUAUUUCUUCCUGUCUCUCAUCUUAUUUUUCUGUCACUCUCUCUCGUAUGAUAUAGAUAUUACCAAAGUAUAUCAUGAAAUGUCCUAACAUUACAUUUUCUUUCUCUGUGAACUUUGCAUUGUACAUGUAAUGCAGUCACAACGUCUGAGGUAAUGUUUAACGCUUUACUGUUUGAUUUCAAAGAGCUCUCUAUGAAUACAAUACACUUUGGCAUUAUAUUGUAUUACCAGUAAGGCAUUUUCAAUUGUUAUUUUGUUUUUUUGGGAUAUGUAAUGCCAUAAUCUAUUCUCUCCAUGCAUUUGAAAGUGUACAGGGUUUCAAAUUACUUUGCAA